AAGUUGCAGCCGUCAUCAUUAUUUCCCGGUCGAUUUCAGUGAUUUUGGGCUAUUUCUUUUUGGCUUCGUCUGAGUUCCGGCACCUCCGCUGUUGUUGUUCUUCCUUCCCGGUUGCGUGAAAAAGGCAACGCUUCCUACCCGAAUCCCGCUCUUUCUUCUCUUCCCAACAAACCUGGAAUCGCAAAAGCACACUCGGCGACAUCACGGAAGAAGGAGAAGAAAAGGGAAAAUUAGAAAACAAAAGGAAGCUCAAACAACAAGAGGGGAGAGAAAAAAAAAGAAGUCCGAGGAAAAGUCCAAGGAAAAUCAAAAACACCCCGUUGAGAAAGUGUAAUCACAUGAACAUAACAUAAUAUACAGCAACGAAAAAAGAAGAGAGAGAGAGAGGAUGGACGACCCCGUCUCCGAGAUCGCCACGGCGAUCACCCUCUGCGCCGCGGCCGCCACCCCGGACGCCCAGAUCGCCGCCUUCCGCACCUACUGCCACGCGGAGACGUCGUUCCUGCACCCCUUCUGCCACGUGCCGCGGGGCCGCGGCUCCCUGGAGAAGGUCAUCGAGGUCUAUCAGUUCUACCGGAGCGUGAUCGCCGCGACGGAGUUCGAGGUCCUCUCGACGGCCUUCGAUCGCGAGGCCGGACAGGUCUUCGUCAGGUUGAUCCAGAGGCCGAGGCUGAGGUGGGCGCCGGGCUGGAUCCCGGUGGAGUUGCCGAUGUUGAUCUGUUUCCGGGUGGAGCGGGAGGAAGAGGGAGGGAAGUGGGUGAUUCGGAGCAUCGAGGAUUUCGUGCAGCCGAUGGUGAGUUUGUUUGGGCUUUUCUUUUUUUUCCGGGUUUCCACUCUGGCUAAAGGAUGGUGAAUCUGUCUCUCGAGACUGAUCUGAUGCUGACCCAAUCAAUUUUUGGUUCCCCUUGCAGCAUCUGUUGCAGGCCACGCCGCUCGGCUGGUGGUUCGGCGUGCUCGUAUACUUCUUCUUUCAGCUCGGAGGUCGCUAUAUGGGGUAAGUUCUUUUCUU